AUGCAGCCAGUGUAUGUUCAAGAAAGGUUGGAAUCACUUUCAGAGAUUGAUUCAAAGCUUUGCAACUUAUUGAAAAUCGCCUCACAAGUUGUAUUCACCUUUAGUGAGCUCAAGCAAGGUAACCAUGAUUUGAAGCCUCAAUUCGAACAGCACGUUAAGGAUUUCUACACUGAUUUGGAGGGAGCAACAACUAACUUAAGAAAAGAAAUUAAACUGCUAGACAAAAAUGUCGGGACACGUCUGUUGCCAAUCAACGUUAAUAAAAAAGCCACUGGACAGGACGAUGAUAAAUUAAAAGAGCAAAUAGCUCUUCUUGAGAGAGUUCUAACAGAACAGAAUUGA